AUGUUGUUACCAUCUGUAUAUGUUCUGUGCAAAUGGCUGGCCGUCGAAAUCCGUCAAGAUUUUUCUGUUGCUUCGUCACUACUCUCUCAUUCGUCAUUGUCUUUCCAACCUUAUGGUUUACUCAAGCUCAGAGGAGAUCCACCGAUAGCAGACCAACUUUUAUCUUUAAUAGAGUUGGCCAAUAUAGAACUAUUAAUCUCAGCUGAUAUUUCUGGCAUGAACAUGGUGUUGGAGUGGUCUGUCGAUAUAGAUGCAUGCAUUAAGAACUGCACAACAGUUAACAUCUUUCUUAACACAAAUUUGCCCCCAUCAGAUCUAAGCUAUGGUGGUGGUCCCUACAAUGACAAGAUGCCAAUUGAUCCCAUCUUUAUGUCGAAUGGAAGUUACAUCGCAAACAACCGAAUUCAGCUGAUCAAUGCCACCCCUUAUGUCCCCACUGAGCUGAAUGUUUCUUCAUUCACUCCUUUGUAUCGCUACGCUCCGGGUCUCAAGGAUUACAGCUGUACAGGUCUUGUCUGUUACCCAUUUGAUCGUUACUACACCCAAAUACCAACCUCUACUGAAGAUGCAUCAAUGAAUAAAUCUACUUCCCUUGCCAUCAUAAUUAGAGAUUUCUUAAGCGGCCUCGAGAUUAAAAUGCCCAUGUGGUGGGAAGACCGUGUAUCUGUGGUCCUCCAACGAACCACCAUCGUUAUCGCAUACUGUCUCGUCAUCACCAUCACAUUUUGGAUAAUCACUCUCAUGAUCUCCCUCAUCAUGAUCACAACUGUGGUCUUUGGCUUCCGACAACGGAAUGAGAUCAUUGUCGUCCCCAUUGGGACAGUGUUUGCUUUUAUCCAACUACGAUCUUCAAUGCCUGGGGCACCUGCAGAGUUUGGAUGUGUCCUCGAUAUUUUUGGGCUGCUACCAUGCAUUGUCCUUCUAUCGAUUUCCGCCAUAGGGAUGGUUGGCAUCUACUUAUUUGCUGAUCCUGAUGAUCCGUCCCAAAAGCUCUCAGAGAACGCUCUACGUUAUGUUAUCUUACACAUCUGGAAUACUUCCAAAGAUUGGGUAUGGCGUGCUCGAUUUCGCAUUAUGAUUGCGAGACAGAUCUGGAGGGCACCUUACAAUUUUGAAAUGCCCGUCAUGAAUACUGCUCACGAAAGUCGGGCUUGA